CCAUGAAAACGCAACACAGGAAGUCAGGAAAGUAUUAGUAACUAAACUCUCUUGCGUUUUGUCUUAAUGCAGCUGUGGAAAAAUGACAUCCAAGAAGAGGGUUCUCCUGAAAGUCGUCCUCCUGGGAGAUUCAUUUGUUGGGAAGACCUCCUUAAUGAACCAGUAUGCCAUCAAGAAGUUUAGUAACCAGUACAAAGCCACAAUAGGAGCAGACUUCAUGACGAAGGAGGUGAUGGUUGGAGACCAGGUUGUUGUAUUGCAGAUCUGGGACACAGCUGGCCAGGAGAGGUACCAGUCUUUGAAUGCUGCCUUCUAUCGUGGAGCAGACUGCUGUGUGCUGGUUUUUGACUUGACAGCGCAAAAAACCUUCAAAUCGCUUGACAACUGGAAGGAAGAGUUUCUGUUCCAGGCCAGCCCUCGAAAUCCCGAGAACUUCCCAUUUGUGGUGCUAGGCAACAAGAUUGACUUGGAAAACAGAGAGGUGACCACCAAAAGGGCUCAAGCCUGGUGCCAAAGUAAGAACAACAUCCCCUACUUUGAGACCAGUGCGAAAGACGCCACAAAUCUAGAACAGGCAUUCCAGACAAUUGCAAGUAACACACUCAAACAGGUCUCACAGGGGACAGAUGUGGAGUUGUAUUAUGACUUCCCAGAGCCCAUAGUAUUUGGAGAGAAUGAUGAAUCUAAGUCUUCAGCAAAAAGAUGCAGCUGCUAAGGGAAAACUUUAACCAUCUUCUUUCUUAACUUUUUGGAAACACACUGUCACCUUGGUUACAUCACCUCCAGGGAAUGGAAACAGCCUACUGUUCUCCCUCCUCCAUGCCAUUGUUUAUUCCAUCAACACUACCCUUCACACAAUGUGCUGCACAUGGAAGGGCCCCCUCUAUCUUUAUAAACAAAUUAAUACACAUUUCUAGCAUCUCUCGCAGGAAUCAUGGGGUAACCUUUGACCGAUUUUUCACUUUGAAUGCUCGCAUUAAAUCUCUGGUUCAUCUUUGCUUCUAUCACUUUAAAUCGAUUAAGAAACUGAGUCAAACUCCACUGUGUCAUGCUCUGAACUGGACUGAAUAUUUUUCAUGUCUUUACUUCAUUGGGUUUAAGUUGCUCAUUUGUUUUGAUGGUUAUUAUCUUAACAAGACUUCCUUGGAACUUUGAAGCUUGCACCACUGACAAACUCUUGUAAAUACUCACAUAUCACACUGUUGCUAAUUCAGCUGAACUGACUCCCGAUGAACUUCCAUGUACAUUUUAAGAUUUUUAUUUUAUUUGAUUCGUUUUGAUUUAUUUUGAUAAUAAACAAGCAUCAGUGUACAUCAGUGUGAACU